AUGCGUGCAGUUGGUUGGCGGAACAUUGUUACAGCAGUUACUCUGGCUCUAUCAUGGCAGACUGUCUCGGGAGCAGGCACAUCUUUCCUCAAUCAUACUGAGCUACUUGCUGGCCUUGAGAAUCCCGAAUGGUUUGAGCAGAACAUACCCUUUCUCGAUCUUCCUACAGAGCAAGUGCAGAUUCAAGAGGUUUACUACUAUCGUUGGGAAACCUACCGAGAGCACCUUGUUUAUACUGGAGCCCAGUAUGGCUACAUGGCUAGUGAAUUCUUGCAGCCAGUUAGCUAUGGUGCACCCUAUGGCGGCAUCAAUGCUGCGGCAGGUCACCAUAUCAGUGAAGGACGCUGGCUCCGUAACCUCCAGUACGGCCAAGAUGUGGUGAACUACUGGAUUGCAGGGCCGGGACAGCUCAGCAAACCAACCACCUUUCUUGAUAAUCCUGAUACUGUCGACUGGGCGCACGAGUAUAGUUUCUGGGCUGCAAGCUCAGUGUGGAGACAGUAUCUGGUAACUGGAGAUAAGGGUUUUGUAGUUGGACAAUUAGAUAACCUCGUCACACAGUACCGUGGCUGGGAUAAUCAUUUCAACGACACCAUAGGGCUUUACUGGCAAUUCCCCGUCUGGGAUGCAACUGAGUAUAGUGCUGCAUCUUACAACUCAAGUGAUCCGUACCAUGGCGGCGCCGGUUUCCGUCCUACCAUCAACAGCUAUCAGUAUGGAGAUGCCCGGGCAAUCGCGGCAAUUGCCAACUUGGCGGGCAAUUCAAUGGUGGAGGAUGAAUACAGCGGACGGGCUGACGCUCUCCAGAAAGCAAUGCAGGCCAAUCUAUGGGAUAGUGAACUACAGCACUUCAUGCAUAUGGCCCGCGAUGACAAUCCUACCGGCGCUUUGCUCACCUCGCGUGAGCUAAUGGGCUUCAUACCGUGGAUGUUCAAUAUGCCACAGGCGUCCGACAGCGUCGCCUUUGAGCAGCUAAAGGACUCUCAGGGCUUUGCAGCCACCUACGGUCCCACAACACUUGAACGACGCAGCCAAUUAUUCAUGUACGAAGCCAGUAACUGCUGCCGUUGGGAUGGACCAUCCUGGCCCUAUGCCACAUCGCAGACCCUGACUGCUGUAGAGAACGUUCUCAACAAUUAUCCACCCCAGCAAUACAUUUCUGCAGCUGAUUACAUCACUCUACUUCAGCAGUAUGCCGCGACCCAGUUCAAGAACGGUCAGCCAUAUAUCGCCGAGGCUCAUGAUCCCGAUGCGGAUUCCUGGAUAUACGACUCUGAGGAUCAUAGUGAGGAUUAUAAUCAUUCGACUUUCGUCGACAAUGUUAUCGCCGGGCUCAUCGGCUUGCGAGCACAGCCAAAUGACACUGUAAUAGUUAAUCCCCUUGUGCCGUCAUCGUGGGAUCACUUUGCCCUAGAGAACGUGGCGUACCACGGCCACAAUGUGACUAUCAUAUGGGAUAGUUCUGGGUCGUCGUACAAUCAAGGCCAGGGUUUGAAGGUCUACCUUGAUGGACAGCUCGCUGGUAACCGUAGCACGCUAGGUUCGCUCACAGUCAAUGUUGGCCCCGUUAUCGACCAAACAAUCAACCAACAAGUCAAUAUUGCUGCCAACGGCCAACAAUUUCCGUUUGGAGCCACGCCAUUUGCUUCUUUUACCUUCCAGCACGACAAUGCCUGGAAUGCCGUUGAUGGCAUCGUUUGGCGUACUGGGAUCCCUGAGAAUAGCCGUUGGACCUCAUACACCAGCCCGAACGCGCAGGACUCCUUUGGCGUGGAUUUCCAGCGUUCUCAAUCUAUCUCUGAUGUGCGGCUUUAUUUCUAUUAUGACAAUGUUGGCGUACAUCUACCCGCUAGUUUCGACCUCCAGUACUGGACGGGUAGCGCCUGGACAACUAUCCCCAAUCAACAGGCCGAUGUAUCGUCUUCUACGUCGAAUGCCGAGACGGUAAUCACCUUUCCCACAGUCGUUACCUCAAAGCUGCAGGUUGUCGCACCGAAUCCCGGUGCCGGGAAUGGCUGGGGUCUUUCCGAGUUCGAAGUGUGGACCCCGGCGAUCUUUGAGCUGCAAAAUAAUAACAGUGCGAAGCUUAUGGGUGUGGAAAAUGAGUCGAAAUCAAACAAUGCAACUAUACAGCAAUAUGACGACAAUGGAUCGGGGGAUCAUCUCUGGCAAUUUAUUCGCACCGCAGGUGGCUGGUACAAGAUCAUGAACCUGAAUAGCGGUCUCCUACUGAGCGUAGAGGACAUGUCAACGGCCGACAGUGCGGUUCUCCAACAGUAUGAGGAUAACGGAAUGGAAGAUCAACUUUGGCGUAUCGAAUCACAGAACAGCGGCCUAUUCCUCAUUAGAAACAAGCAAAGCGGUCUUGUCGUGGGCGUCGAUGGCGAAUCGAUGGACAACAGUGCGAAUGUCGUUCAGUUUGAAGAUAAUGGAACCAAAGAUCACUUAUGGGCUAUACUCCCAGCGGUUCCUGCCAGUUGA